UUAUCGUAAAACUUUGACUUGUUCAGACAGGAAAACUCGCAGUUGUGUUUGAUCGAACAAAAAAUAGAUAUUUUCAUUAUUUUCCUCAUAUAUAAUAAAAUAGUGAAGUUCACCGAAGCUCGUAAACAUUGAAUAUGGGACGAAAAGGAAAAAAGAAACCAGGAGAUGCGGAUUCGCCGAAGGAAACGAGUGUUCCGGCAGCAGAACCAGCACCUAGAGCUGCUCCACCCCCUGCACUUCAAGAGGAGCAAAAUUUUCCUGCGCUAGGAGGAAAUAAUCGAGGAGGUGGUGAAAGAGGCAGAGGAGGAGGUGGAAGAGGUAGAGGUGGAGAAGGAGAAAGAGGCAGAGGAGGAGGUGGAAGAGGUAGAGGUGGAGAAGGAGAAAGAGGCAGAGGAGGAGGAGGAGGAGGUGGAAGAGGUAGAGGCGGAGAAGGUGGUGAGAGAAGAGACAGAAGAGAAGAUGAUGGCGCAAGAGGAGGAGGAGGAGGCGGUUGGAGAGACGAUGGCGCAAGGGGAGGAGGAGGAGGCGGAUGGAGAGACGAUGGCGCUAGAGGAGGAAGAGGAGGUGGAAGAGGAGACAGAAGAGAUGAUGGCGCCAGAGGAGGAGAAGGAGGUGGAAGAGGACGAGGAGAAAGAAGAGACGAUAGCGCCAGAGGAGGAGGAGGAGGAGGAGGUGGUGGUGGUGGAAGAGGCAGAGGAGAAAGAAGAGACGAUAGCGCCAGAGGAGGAGGAGGUGGUGGAAGAGGCAGAGGAGAAAGAAGAGAUGAUGGCGCCAGAGGAGGAGAAAGAAGACCUGAAUCUGCUUGGCAACAGGAACAAAGAACUCCUCGACCAGAACCACGACCACAAUCCCCAACAUCUUCCACUUCAUCGGACACAAAAUCCCUGACAAGAGAUGUAAAAGAUAUGAGCAUCAAAGAAAAAUCCUCACCAAAACAGGCAUCGCCGAAGGUGAAGGUGGAAUAUAAAGCCUCAGUUUCGGACGCAAUUGCCAGGCAAAUGAUUAAGAGUAUUCCACUGAGAAAAGGUGAGGGCAAACUUGGCCGUCCGAUUCAAGUGUUUGUCAACAUGAUGGAAAUAAAGUUCGGCAAAAAUUUCUGCUCCGAUGUUGUGCACUAUGACAUAACUUUCGAUCCCGAUGUCCCGCGUUAUUUGAUUCCAAGGGCUUUCGAAAAAAUGCGCUCUCUACAUUUUCCCAAACGUUGGCCGGCUUUUGAUGGUCGCAAAAAUGUCUUCAGUGCUGGAAUUUUACCAUUUGGCGACACUACUGAACAAGAGGUUGAAGUGCCUAACGACGAUGGCCGAAUGAAAAAGUUCAAGAUAACUAUGAACAGAGUAAAUGACAUUGACAUUGGCUGGUUGAGAAAUGUCAAGAAAGGUUUACCAGAAACUGAACGUGACUUGAUCAGUAUUCAAGCUUUGGAUAUAAUUCUAAGACAAGCGCCACUUCAAUCUCUGAACGUGACUGCGGUGGGACGCUCCUUCUUUACUCCGCCAACUGGUCACAUCGCUUAUCUCGGCGACGGCGUUGAAUUGUGGGUUGGAUUGUUCCAAUCUGCUGUUCUUGGAUGGAAACCUCUACUCAAUGUCGAUGUUGCGCACAAAGGUUUUCCAAAAUCGCAAAAUGUAAUAGAUUUAAUGAGCGAACUUUGCCGCGUUCAAGGCGCUCCAACUAGAAGAGACAUUGAUUACAAUCGUGAGGAGAUUGAAAAGUUCCUCAAACGAUUGAAAGUGAAGUGCGAAAUUCCAGGACAGGUGGAAUCGAAGCGCACUUAUACCAUUAAUAAAUUGGUGAAGUGCCCUAGAGAAAAUUAUUUUGAACAUCAAGAUAAACAAGUCAGCGUCGAGAUGUAUUAUCAGAUCGAGAAGAAGUAUAAAAUCAAGUAUCCCGAUUUGCCCUGUCUUCACGUUGGACCACAGCAAAAGAACAUUCACGUUCCACCCGAGUUGUGCACCAUUCUUCCCGGACAAGCGACUAAUAAGAAAAUGAACGAGAAUCAAACGUCCAAUAUGAUUAAACAAGCAGCAACAGGAACUGACAUUCGAAGGCAGAAAAUCAUGGACUCUUUCAAUAAAAUUCGUCACAAUCAGAAUAACUGUCUGAAUGAAUUUGGCUUGUCAAUUAGUGGAGAAUUCGAGAAGGUGAAAGCUCGUGUUUUGGAUCCUCCAAUGCUGACUUACAAUCAAGAUGUUCGUGUUUCGAAGGGAACGUGGAGAGCAACGAAUUUCUUGGCACCAAAACAAUUGCCUGAUUAUUCUUGGACUAUUCUUUGUCUUGAUAGUAGAACACGAGAAGAUGCCUUGAGAAAUUUAGAGCAAAUGCUCCGAAGAGAAGCUGGUAGUUUGGGGAUGCAAAUUGGCUGUGCACGCACGCCUUAUGGCCAAAUGAGAGCACCGACACAAAAUUUACAAGAAGUCAUUAGAUUCUUUAAUGAUGUCAAAAAGGAUAAGCUGCUAUUGGUCUUUGUCGUUGUUCCUGACAGGCCACCGAAUAUUUACAGCAAAGUGAAGCAAGUGGCUGAAUUAAAUGUCGGCGUAUUGACUCAGUGCCUGAAGGCAUUUACCGUUUUCAAAAAAUUAAAUGGAGCGACAAUUGGUAAUAUUUUGUUGAAAGUCAACGCAAAACUCGACGGAAUUAAUCACACAUUCAGUCCAAGAACAAAGCCUAAAUGUUUACUCGAGCCGUGUAUGAUUGUUGGCGCUGAUGUGACACAUCCAUCGCCGGACGCGAUUGGAAUACCAUCGAUUGCAGCUGUGGCCGCGAGUCACGAUCCGAAAGCUUUCAAGUACAAUAUUGUCAUUCGAUUACAACCACCAAGGGCGGAAAUUAUUCAAAACCUGGAGGAAAUCAUGGGCAUUCAAUUGCGAACAUUUAGAGAAAAAACUGGUCAUCAACCGAAGAAAAUUGUCUUUUACAGAGACGGAGUGAGUGAAGGACAAUUCCCGCAAGUGAUGCAUUUUGAAUUGCAAGCUAUUCGAAGUGCCUGCAAGAAAUUGAAUCCGAAUUAUGAGCCGCAAAUUUCGUUUUUCGUUGUACAAAAACGACAUCACAUUCGUCUAUUUCCAACUGACAAACGCAACUCUGAUGAUAGAAAUUUUAACGUACAAGCGGGAACAAUUGUUGACUCCGAAAUCACGCAUCCGUCUCACAUCGAUUUUUAUCUCGUCUCUCAUGCCAGUAUUCAGGGUACAGCAAGACCCACGAAAUACAGAUGUCUUUGGGACGACAGCAACAUGACUGAAGAUGAAAUCGAACAAUUGACAUAUUAUUUAUGUCACAUGUUCUCUAGAUGCACAAGAUCGGUGAGCUAUCCGACUCCGACUUAUUAUGCCCAUCUCGCCGCAUUCCGAGCCCGAGCUUUGACUCAAGAUAUUCCAAUCGAUGUCAACAAUCUCGAACACGAGCAAAAGAUGAAGUUGACAAUCAAGGAAAAUUUCAAAGACAAUCCAAUGUUCUUUGUCUAAGAACAAAAAAUUUCUCCAGGAAGAAAAAAUCUCUUAAUUCAAAUUUUUAUUUUUCGCUCUUUUUUUUCCUUUUUUCCGAAAAAAAGGAAAUUUUUUUUUUCUCUAUUUUAUCAGUAUUUUUUUAUUGCUUUAAUAGAAGCUUAAGUGAUCAAAAUUUUUUUUAAUAACUUUCAUUAAAAAAAAUUGAAAAGUAAAUUAUUUAAGAAAUCAGCGAUUGACUUGUCUGAUGUUUGAUAUUUUUUUAGAAUUUAGAGAUUUUUAGACUUAUGUAUACUAUAAUGGUUUAUCAUUUAAAAAAAAGGAUUUAUUUUACUAUCAAUAAUCAAAUAAUAUUACUUUUGCUAUUCUGAUAUUUUUUUUCUCAAGGGAUUGUUUAGAAAAUACGUCACACUAUUUUGUAUUAUUCAGUUUGAAAAUCGAUAGUGUGAAGUAAUUUGUGAAUGAUGUUCUUUCCCCCAAAGAUAUAUUAUUCUUUUAUUUUAAUUAUUAAUUCGAUAGACUUAAAAAUAAUUUUUGACUUAUAUAUUGUAUAAGAAAAUAUUGUAAGACGAAUUUUUCGUAUCGUAAAUUCUACGUGAAUAUUAAUCAUUGUUAUUAUUCUUGUGAUAGAUUUUAUAAUAGAUAUGAAGCAUUUAUUUGUAUGGGGAUUUUUUCAAAACUCGUUCUUUUUCUCAAUAAAAUGUAAAAAAAAGGU